UCCGCGGGGUUUAAUGAUAUUUGAUAUCUGUUGCACAAUUAAUAAUGGACCUGCGUAAGUUGUGCAGAAUUUGCUUUGACGGCAGCGCAGACGUUGACAUCACGGAGCACCGAACCAGCGACUGGCCGGAACACACAGUCCUCGAGAUGAUGGACGCCACAUUCCAAGAGAAUAUGAAUCUGACAGAUGAGCUGGCAAUGAUAUGCAAGCCAUGCCUGGACAGUUUCAUGCAGAUCUAUGCAUUCUCCACGAAGCUGAAAGUCGCCAAUCAACAACUGCUCGAACUAUUCGCCCAGGCCCAGGAAGGAGAGAUGUAUGUGGUACACGAAGGGGAUACAAUCGAGGAAGAAUGCUCCUUCCUGGAGCCAGAGCCAGAUACAGAGACGGAGACAAUAGUGCAAGCAGAUGCACUGGACUUCGCGCCCAUAGACGAGGGUGCAGACUUAAUAGACGAGUGUCCGGAGAUAAUAGACGAGAGUUCAGAGAAAAUAGACGGGAAUCCAAAGAUAAUGGACGAGUAUCCAGAUCUAAUAGACGAAUGUUCAGAGAUAAUGGAAGAGUUUCAGUCUAUCCCAUCACAGAAGCUGGCGAAUCAAGAUUCGUUGAUUGUCUCGGAGUUCCUACCAGUCACCACUAGUAAGCCCCUGGCCGAAGGAACCUCCGACGGUGGUCUGCAGCUGCAGCAGUGGACAGUGGAUUAUGCGGCCGUCGAACUGAAGCACAACGACCUGGAUGAUUACAACGAGACGAAUCGCCGCCUCCACGUGGAGCCGAGCGGCAGUCAGGCCAUCUACAAGUGCAAGUACUGCACGCAUGCCUUCGCCUCUUCCCAGUACCUGAAGACCCAUGUCCGCAAAUCGCACGUCUGCAAGUACUGCACCAGCGCCUUCGCCAAGUUCAAGGAUCUCAACGACCAUAUUCGCAACAAGCACCCGAACCACCCGUGUGUGGUCUGCCCAAAAAUCUUCACCACCAGCAGAGGCCUCCGAGCCCACCUAAAGCGUGUGCAUGGCGUCCAGCUGCCCGCUCAAGUGUCACUCUUGGACUACACACCAGCGAGCAGGAAGAAGUAUUAUCCAGAAUAAAAUUAGUUUAUUUG